AUGAUAGCUAAACUCCAAUCAUCCAAAUUCCACUGUCCGGCUGGACCAGCAGGACCACCUGGCACUCCUGGAUACCGCGGAGACAAUGGACCACCUGGAAGUCCUGGAUUGAGGGGCGCUGAUGGAGUGACGGUUGCAGUGCGCGAUCACUUCCCUAGUGGAUGCAUACCUUGCCCUCAGGGUCCUGUGGGCCCUCCAGGACCACCUGGUCCUCCAGGACAUCCUGGCGUUAACGGAGUUAAUGGAUACAGUGGACCAAAAGGUUGGUGUUUCACAUUUAUUUGA